CCUAUAAGCAAGACGCUUAACACUGAAACAGGAGGGGGGGCAUUUUCUGGAUAAUUGUAUCAAGCUAAAGGAAGAACAACUGCGUCUCAGAGAAGACAAGGCAGAGAUCCGAGGGGACGGAGGACCGAGUCGAGCCGAGGAGAGCGCAGUAGCAGGAGACCUUGCUGGAAAUAGAGACAUUUCGACCAGCGUUCAAAGACAACGGCAUAUCCCCCCAAAAAACAAACACUGUUUCCUAGACGAAUCUUUUCGUUUUUAAUUCUCAAAUCGUGCGCGUCUGGUUUGAAAUACUCGUGGGUGUCACUCGCUGACCUUCGAUGUAUAAGAUGGAUUACUCGUACCUGAACUCCUACGACUCGUGCAUGGCCGCGAUGGAGGCGUCGGCCUAUGCGGACUUCAGCUCGUGUAGCCAGGCCAGCUCGUUCCAGUACAACCCCAUCCGGAGCGGGCCCUUCUCCAACCCGGGCUGCACCCCGCUCAGCACGGCCAGCUGCACCCUGGGGGCCCUGCGCGAGCACCAGCCCACCCCUUACUCCACAGUUCCCUACAAAUUCUUCUCGGACCCUUCCGGCCUGAAUGAGAAGCGGAAGCAGCGGCGCAUCAGAACGACCUUCACGAGCUCGCAGUUGAAGGAGCUCGAGCGCGUGUUCGCGGAAACCCACUACCCAGAUAUCUACACGCGCGAGGAACUAGCGCUGAAAAUCGAUCUCACAGAGGCCCGCGUGCAGGUCUGGUUUCAGAACAGACGCGCCAAGUUCCGCAAGCAGGAGCGCGCCGCCAACGCCAAGUCCAACGCCAACAGUUCGGGGGGCAGCGCCGGCAGCUCCACCAGCAGCAGCAGCUCUGCGGGCAAGAAGCCCGGGGACCACCGCUCCUCCUCCGACGACGACGAGUCCAAGGAGUCAACCUGCAGCCCCACGCCCGACAGCACCGCCUCCCUGCCGGGCUCAGCCAAUGGGAAUAUGGGCAGCCCCGCCAGCCUGAGCCCCAGCCCAGUGCCUCCAAACAGCGGCUACGGGCUGAAGGCCCCCAGCUGGCCCAGCCUGGGGCCCUCCAACCCAGCCAUGGCCCAGCCCGCCGUCCAGACGCAGGAGAUUCUGAAGGCCUGGCAGCCGGCAGACAGCAUGACCGGGCCCUUCGCCGGCGUGCUGUCCUCUUUCCACAGAAAACCCAACCCGUCCCUCAAGACGAACCUGUUCUGA